GCUCCUUUGGCACUUUGUCUUUUUUUUUUUUUUUUUGUGGUUUCAAUGUUUUGACCGCAACCCAGAUUUUGUUUGUGGAUUUCAAUGAUGUGUAAAGACACCAAGCUUGGAAGUCUCAACUGGGUAUUUGAUUUCUUUUUUCCCUUCGGGUUUGGUUUUUUUGGUUUUGUUUUUUCUUUUGAUCGGUAAUGUUUGAAACUUGAAAAUUUGGAGUUUUUGUUUUGUUUUGUUUCGUUGUUGUUUGUGUUUUAAUUAAUCCAAAUGGGGAAGUCGGUUUUUGGACAAACAUAGUUUUGACAUUGCAUCGAAAAAGAGAGAACUUUGUUGGAAUUUGGACAUUGAGGGGUGGGAGAGGGGGUUGUUUCCUUUCACCAUUCCCUGUCCCAUUUUCCGGUUCCUUUGUUAGAACCUAUAAAAAAUUGAAGAUUUUUAAAUUUUUUGGUGGGUAAAAUCCAACUGAAAAAAUGGUGGAUUUGAUUAUAAUUUGGGAGGUUUUUUAUGCUGUUCUUGUCUCAUGCUUUGGUUGCUUUUUGAAGAUGAUCAUGUUCUUCGGAAAGGUAGUUUUUGGCGAAGCUGGGUUCUAUUUGGUAAAUAGAGUGUAAAGCCUUUCAAAAGUACGUAAACAUAAAAUAAUUUAAGUAGUUCACUGGAGAUAUCACCAGAUUUGGAGUAGCAAUGGCUCCUGGAGGCAGUGCUUGCAAAGAAGUUGUUGAAUCUCAUCCCUCUGUUGCAGAUUAUGACAUUGCUACUGCAAAAUCCGAGAGUAAUACUACAACAAUGAAGAGUCCUGUUAGUUUUGUUGGAAAACAUGGAAUUCAUUCAAACAAUGGUGUUUAUGAACUCCUUGAGUGUCCUGUAUGCACAAAUUUGAUGUACCCACCAAUUCACCAGUGCCCAAAUGGACACACUCUGUGUUCAAACUGCAAGAUUAGAGUGCACAACUGUUGCCCAACAUGCCGCUAUGAUCUUGGAAAUAUAAGGUGUUUAGCUUUGGAGAAAGUUGCAGAAUCCUUGGAACUCCCUUGUAAAUACCAGAACCUAGGUUGCCAUGAUAUCUUCCCCUAUUACAGCAAGCUCAAGCAUGAGCAACACUGUCGGUUUCGUCCCUACAAUUGCCCUUACGCUGGGUCUGAGUGCUCUGUCACAGGUGACAUCUCAACCCUUGUCGCACAUCUCAAGGAUGAUCAUAAGGUUGACAUGCAUAAUGGAUGUACCUUUAACCAUCGAUAUGUCAAAUCAAAUCCACACGAAGUUGAAAAUGCCACAUGGAUGCUUACUGUGUUUAAUUGUUUUGGAAAACAGUUCUGCUUGCAUUUUGAGGCUUUCCAGCUUGGCAUGGCACCUGUCUAUAUGGCCUUUUUACGUUUUAUGGGUGAUGAUAAUGAAGCAAAAAAGUUCAGUUAUAGUUUGGAAGUUGGUGCCAAUGGCCGUAAACUAAUAUGGCAGGGGAUUCCCAGGAGCAUCCGGGACAGUCAUAGGAAAGUUCGUGACAGUCAGGAUGGACUUAUUGUCCAAAGGAAUCUGGCUCUAUACUUUUCUGGUGGGGAUAGGCAAGAGCUGAAGUUGAGGGUAACUGGCCGUAUAUGGAAAGAAGAAUGAGAUAGGAUUCCAUGGAGAAUUAAGGUGAUUUUGUACAGUUUCAAAAGGUUCUGAGUCUCAUUCAGAAACAGAUGAAGCUUUCAUUUUUCUGAUGGGGGCUUUCUUUUGUAUUUACAUGUUGUAUUUUCACUGGGAUCUCUGUCCUCUACAGUCCAAUCUUCUGCUGACCGCUGCCUUCUGCUGAAUGUUUAGUGUAGGAAAUGAUGAUUUAUAUGAGUCAACUUGGUUGCUCAAAGUUUAAUGCAGCAACAUGUAUGAACUUUCCUUUUGAGUCCUUAAAAAGGUCUUUCGGCAUCUUUUGGCUGUGAUUGCUGAUAGCUUCCUGUAUUAAACCACUUCCUCAUUAUUACAAAGUUCUAUUUUGCUCA